CCCGCCCUUCUUAUACCGCCCCCCCGGCGGCCCAUGGCUGGUAGCCACAGCACAGCACGGCACGGCCGGUCUCUCCUUCUUCUUCUUCUUCCCCGGCGCCAGCGGACCUGCGGGACCUCGUCGUCGUCGGCCGAUCCUUCACUGGCAGGGCAGCAGCGAGCUGCAAUUAACGGCGGCGGCGGAGGAUCGGGGAGGAGGACGACGAAGAUGGUGGUGGAGUCCGCGGGGGGCGGCGGAGGGGACUGCCUCAUCAAGCUGUUCGGGAAGACCAUCCCCGUGCCGGAGGCCGCCGCCGACAAGGAGAGCGGCAGCAGCAUCAGCUCCUGCACCGAAUCCGACACCCCGGAGAACGCCUCGGAGCCGUCCCCGCAGCCGGAGGUCGUGGACGCCGAGGACCCCAAGAGCUCGCCGGAGACGCAGCCGCCGCCCGGCGCCGGCGACUUGGCCGGGCAGAGGGAGAAGCUCAAGAGGCCCGACAAGGUGCUGCCGUGCCCGCGCUGCAACAGCAUGGACACCAAGUUCUGCUACUUCAACAACUACAACGUCAACCAGCCGCGCCACUUCUGCAAGAACUGCCAGCGCUACUGGACCGCCGGCGGUGCCAUGCGCAACGUGCCCGUCGGCGCCGGCCGCCGCAAGAACAAGCACGCCGUCGCCGCCUCCCACUUCCUGCACAGGGUCCGGGCCGCGCUGCCCGCCGCCGCCGGCGACCCGCUCAGGGCCAACGCCACGGUGCUCAGCUUCGGCGGCCACGGCCACGGCGCGCCUCCCGCGGCGCUGCAGGACCUCGCCGAGCAGGUGACCCACCUGAAGGAGAAGCUGCUCGUCCCGGCAAGGAACGCCGGCGACCCAUCGCCGGUGGGUCCGUGCAGCGAAGGACCAAGCAGCACGGACGACAAGGCCCAUGGCGGCGGCAUCAAGGAGAAGCCCGCCGUAGACAGGCCUGCAAACGGAGCGCCGCAGCUUCCGGCAAGCAUGAACGGAGCAACCGUGUGGCCGUACGGCGGCUGCGCGCCAUCUCCGGCGGCGUAUUUCUCGUCGGGCAUCGCGAUUCCGAUAUACCCGGCCGCACCGGGUUACUGGGGCUGCAUGGUUCCCGCCCCCGGACCUUGGAGCCUGCCAUGGUCGGUGCAGGGCCUCUCGUUGCCCACCAGUGCUCCUUCACUCCCGUCAUCGGGGCCUGACCCCGACCUCACGCUGGGCAAGCACCCCAGGGAGGGGGACGAGGGGAGAAGCGCCCAUGGUGGUGGCAAGGUGUGGGCGCCCAAGACGAUCCGGAUCGACGACGCCGACGAGGUGGCCAGGAGCUCGAUCUGGUCCCUCAUCGGGAUCAAAGGCGACAGGAAGCAGGACGCCGCGGAUCAUCACGGCGCUGCCGGGCACAAGCACGGGACGGUGUUCGAGCAGAAGCGGGAGGCCAAGAAGCAACCGGCGAUGAUCGCAAGCUCGCCGCUCCUGCACACCAACCCCGUCGCGCUGACACGCUCGGUGACCUUCCAGGAGGGAUCUUGAAGCCCAUCGAUCGGCACUACUGAAAUUUUUGUAAAUCAGAGAGAGGAUUGUAAUAUAGGUAUUGGGGGGAAGAAGGAAACAGAGUGAGUGUAUGUGUAACAUAGCUACUUGUGGACUUGUAAUAGGUAUAGCCGCAUGUACAUAGAAUUAGCUAUUUGGGUUGGAGAAAGACCAGGAGAUCAAUAUGGCCCCUGGUUGUAGAUAAUAAAUAAUAUGAAGGAGGAAUAUAUUGCUUGAAGUAUUUCAUUAUUCUUCAGCAGCUUGUUCA